GUCAACUGUCAAAGCGAAUUUGUUUUGUAAAGUUAUUUUAUGUUUUAUAAUUUAUAAAGUAAAUUUAUGAGAAAAAAAUGUCCACUAAAGUUGCUGUCGUAACUGGAGCUAAUAAAGGCAUAGGUUUCGCAAUUGUCCGAGGACUCUGCAAACGCUUCAACGGAACUGUUUAUUUGACAUCGCGUGACGAAGAGCGUGGGAAAAUAGCAGUGGAAACUUUGAAAAACGAAGGCUUAAACCCGAGCUACCACCAACUUGAUAUAACAAACAAGAAAAGCGUGGAAAGUUUUCGGGAUUACAUAAAAACCAAAUAUGAAGGAAUUGAUAUUUUGAUAAAUAAUGCAGCCAUAGCAUUUAAACAGAACGCAACAGAACCGGUCGCAGUUCAAGCCGAACAAACUUUGUACGUUAAUUUCUUUUCGUUAACAUCAACUUGUGAGAUACUGUUCCCCAUAGUUAAAAAUGGUGGGAGGGUUAUUAACGUGUCCAGUAGUGCCGGUCACCUUAGCAGAAUUCCAAGUGAAAAUUUGAGGAAUAAACUCAAAGACCCCAAACUGACCUUGCCAGAACUGACUGCCCUCAUGCAAAAGUAUGUGGAUGAUGCGAAGCAAGGUAUUCAAGCUGAAGAGUGGGGUAAUUCUUCAUAUGCUGUGUCUAAAGUAGGAGUCACUGCUCUUACCAAGGUUCAGCAGAGAAUGCUUUCUGACAGAGAUAUAAAAGUGAAUGCAGUACAUCCAGGCUAUGUAGAUACUGACAUGACCUCCCACAAAGGUGUACUGACCAUCGAUGAAGGUGCAUCCGCUCCUCUGUUUCUAGCACUGGAUGCUCCAGACUCUGUAAGAGGCCAGUAUGUCUGGAAUGACUGCAAGAUUGUAAGCUGGGAUGAAUGAAUACAGAUUUAGAAUAAUUUAACUGUGUUCAUAUUGAUAAAUAAUAUUUCUUUGAAUUUGAAAAUAUAAUUUUUUAAACAAAAUAUAACAUGGCAGAUUAAAAUUCAAUUACAUCUCAUCUAUAUAAACUUUUGAAUGCUAACCUGCAAAUAUACCAAGCCGUGAAUUAAUCACAAACAUUUUUUAUUAUUAUACUCGCUAAAUGUGAUUCUUAAGGAAUAUACAUGGAUUUAUAAUCAGAAUACUAGUGCCUAAUAAAUUUAAAUUAGUUUAUUAAGAAAGUAACAGCUUAAACAGAAGAUGGAUACAGACAACAUCUAUUAUUCAACUGUAUGUUAAGGAUCUUGAAAUACAUA